UCCCUUGCGUGCACGCAGUCGGACGUCACUUUGGCGCCGAAUCGUCUGAGUUGAGCGCGCGGAUUUACACGUACGACAACACCGGUUACGAGCGGGAAAACCGGAAUAUUUGGAACUGUGAAGUGAAUUUUCUGCAGGUGAAAAUGCAGCGAAGCAUUGCGUCAUUCUUUCAGCCGGUGAAGUGUAAGGAGCUGGGCGGACAGACCAGAGAGCAGUCGGAAUCCAUCAAAAGCCCCCUCAAAACUCAGAAUGGUGGACAGGAGUACGAUUCGCCAGUCAAAAAAACCAACAAACGGAGCCGACCGAUAGUGGACAGUGAUGAUGAAGACCAGUCAACAGUAAAAGAAGUCUCCAAAUUGGACAGAGACCAGGCAGACAAACCAAGCAAAGAGAAGGUUGUAGCUUCAAAGGCCACCAUCAACCCACUGUCACCAAAACCCCUUGUUACCCUGGCAACCCCUGUCACCCCAGCAACUUCAACUGUUUCAGAAACUACAGGCAGCCCUGGGAGCCCUGUUACCCCGACAACCACCUCACCCUCUGGCAUCCCAAAACGAAAGACUGCUCGGAAGCAGUUUCCUAAGAGGAAGCUGGACAGCCAGAGUGAUGGAGAGAGAGAAAUGGAGGAGAUGGAGAGAGAGAAGGAGGAGCCUGAUGAAGAGAGAGAGGAGACUGAACAGGAGAGGAAGAGAGCAAGAACAGAGGAAGCUCCUGACCACACCGGAGAGACCGAGGAAGAUGUAAUGGAGGUUGAGGGGGAGAAGGCUGUGGACAUGGAACAACAGAAGACAGACAAAGGAAUGAAGGACACCAUGAAGGGAGAGAGUGAAAAGAAGAGUGAUGUCGUCGAAGAGGAAGAAAAAAAUGACAGAGCGAAUGGAAAGAACAGAGAGAUGGAUGAAGCAAAGGAGGAAAAAUGCACUCCUAAUAGAGUGAUAAAAAAGAGGGAUGAAGAGGAGGAAAAGAGAGGGGGAUCUGCUAAGAAAACAGUCAUCAGCAGCUUCUUUGCACCCAGAAAGGCAGCAGUGAAGCUGGAAAAAUCAGAAGAGAAGAAUGAACCAGAGAAGCUGAGCAGUGGAGAGAAAGCUGAGGAGAAGAAGAAAAGUGAAAAGGGGGUGGAGUCUGCAAACCAGGGCCAAUAUGAUCCUUCCAAAGCUCAUUAUCACCCCAUUGAUGAUGCGUGCUGGAGGAGGGGCCAGAGAGUUCCAUACCUGGCUGUUGCACGUACCUUUGAGAAGAUUGAGGAAGAUUCAGGAAGGUUGAGGAAUAUUGAGACCCUGUCUAAUCUCCUGCGUUCUGUGAUCCUGCUCUCUCCUGAGGACCUGCUGUGCUGUGUGUACCUGUGUCUAAACCAGCUCGGCCCUGCCUACCAGGGCCUAGAGCUGGGCACUGGGGAGACGGUGCUGAUGAAGGCUGUUGCCCAGGCAACAGGGCGACAGCUGGACAAAAUCAAGGCGGAGGCUCAGGAAAAAGGUGAUCUGGGAUUGGUGGCCGAGAGCUCCCGCAGCAACCAGAGAAUGAUGUUUGCGCCAGCUAAUUUGACGGCUGUGGGCGUAUUCACCAAGCUGAAGGAGAUUGGUAGCAUGAGUGGCAACUCUGCCAUGAACAAGAAAAUUGAUAUCAUUAAGGGUCUGUUUGUGGCAUGCCGUUUCUCAGAGGCCAGAUACAUUGUGCGGUCAUUGGCAGGGAAACUGAGGAUCGGAUUGGCUGAGCAGAGUGUCCUAGCAGCCUUAAGUCAGGCUGUGUGUCUGAGCCCGCCAGCUGCAGAGUUCCCUCCAGCUGUUAUUGAUGCAGGGAAGGUGAUGAGUACCGAGAGUAGGAGAGCAUGGCUUGAAGAAAAAGCACUCAUCCUCAAACAGACUUACUGUGAAAUGCCAAACUAUGACGUCAUCAUCCCUGUACUUCUGAAGGAAGGCAUAGACGAACUGCCACAUCACUGUCGUCUCACUCCAGGUGUGCCCCUGCGUCCUAUGCUGGCCCAUCCCACUAAGGGUGUGGGGGAGGUGAUGAAGAGGUUUGACGAGGCCGCCUUCACCUGCGAGUACAAGUAUGAUGGAGAGAGAGCACAGAUUCAUAUUGUUGAGAAUGGUGAGGUUCGUAUCUUCAGCAGAAAUCAAGAGGAUAACACCAGCAAAUACCCAGACAUCACCUCACGCAUCCCUCAGGUGAAGCGGGAGUCCGUGCGCUCUUGUGUGUUGGAUGCUGAGGCUGUGGCGUGGGACCGGGAGAAGAAGCAGAUUCAGCCCUUCCAGGUGCUGACCACACGCAAGCGUAAGGACGUGGAUGCGUCUGAGAUAAAGGUGCAGGUGUGUGUGUACGCCUUCGACCUACUGUACUUGAACGGAGAGUCUCUUGUACGAGAGCCGUUGAGCAAGCGCCGAGCUCUGCUGAGGGAGAGUUUUGUGGAGAAGGAGGGGGAGUUUGUCUUUGCCCGGUCUCUCGACUCUGACAACACCGAGACCAUUGCUGAGUUCCUCGAGCAGUCCAUACGAGACUCAUGUGAAGGCCUGAUGGUGAAAACCCUGGAGAAAGACGCCACUUAUGAAAUUGCUAAACGAUCUCACAACUGGCUUAAGUUGAAGAAGGAUUACCUGGAGGGGGUGGGAGACACAGUGGAUCUGUGUGUGGUCGGUGCGUACCUGGGGAAGGGAAAACGAGCAGGCAGCUAUGGAGGUUUUCUCCUCGCCUGCUACGACGAGGACAACGAGGAGUUCCAGUCUGUCUGUAAGAUAGGAACAGGCUUUAAAGAUGAAGAUCUGGAGCAACAUUAUAAUUUUUUAAAGGAGCACAUCCUCCCUAAGCCCCGCCCCUAUUACAGAGUGGACCAGUCAGCAGAGCCAGAUGUUUGGCUGGAUGCUGUACAAGUGUGGGAAGUGAAAUGCGCUGACCUAUCGCUGUCCCCGGUCUACAAAGCAGCAAUGGGAUUGGUGGACCCAGAGAAGGGGAUUUCUCUUCGCUUCCCUCGAUUCCUCCGUGUCAGAGAUGACAAAAAACCAGAGGACGCUACAACAGGAGCCCAGAUUGCCGAUCUCUACAGGAAGCAGCAACAGAUACAAAAUCAGGGCGAAAAGACUGAUUUGGAGGAUUAUUAUUGAUCUGUGCACUGUUAGUGCAGUCAUCUGACCCUGACUCGCCUGUCUAUUUCUGGGCAUUCUCUUGGUACAAAUUGUAAAAUGUGAAUGUUUAAGUUUGUACAAGGAUUUUAAAUGAAAGUUCAAAGAAAGUGUAAAUAAGCUUUAAAAUGAGUUGAAAUAAAUAAACAAGCUUUUAAUAAGU